UCUUGGCCAAGGGAAGAGAAUGUCACUAACUGUGUGUAAUGAGCAAAAUCUCUAUACCGAGAAAAUAAGGGUGCGACGAAUAUGAAGAUUUUUGGUAAAUCUUAACUACAAACCUCAAAUCAUAGAGGACUUAUAUAAACUACCUGUUAAGCCCUAAGGAUAAACAAGUACACAAAUAAUCGAUGAUAGCUAUCUGCUUACAAUAGUUAACAUUUCUGAAAGCUGAGCCUCAACUGAGCCUCACAGUGACCUGAAGUUUAAGCAUAAAUGUACUGACAAGAAAACGAAUAUAUAUCGACUUUAAAUGUAAAUUUUACUCAAAUUCAAAAUUCAAUUACCGUGUGGAAAUAUCUCUGCAUAUGGAGUUAUGAUUUUUUUUAUAGCGUAAAAUCGAAAUUCUGGACAUGUUCUUUCGGUUCAAGUGAUAAUUCCUAGGAUGUGAAAAUCAACUCUAGUCCUUUAGCAAAAACAAAGCCGUCUGGAGCUCUUGUCAUUGAUAUCAGCACUGAAUCUAACGACUCGUUUUAUUGGCUGGUYAUUUUCUAACACGCAUUUUGAUUGGCUUAGUUUACCCCAAGCCAUCGUGUAAAUAGUCUCAUCGAUUAGAGUCAUUGAUCCCGACCAAAUUUUCCCAAAAUGGUGGCCUUUUAAGUCUCUCUCUUCCCUAAAAAGGACACCAUAUUGGUCGUUGAACUUAUUCCACCGCGAUGUCGAAUAGCCAGUUCGCUUUGAGGCCAAUCGAUGGAGGAAAAAGCACAGUUCUACCCCUGGGAACGACCUCGAUUGGACGAGGACCUCUGCUAAGCGUUGUUGACAAAAGGGUUUCAAGAUCUCAUGCUAUUCUUGAGGCUCAGAAUGACAAACUUUUGGUAACUGCUACACAUGCUAACCCAACAUUCUACAAGGUAGCAGACAAGGAUUCCUUCUCUGCUUUAAAGAAGGAUGAGAGCAGAGAGCUUUUGAUAGGAGAUCAGAUAUCCCUGCUGCCCAACCAACAUGUUUUCCAAGUCGUCAAGGAGAGCAGCAUUGAUCAAACAAACAUAGAUGUUAAGACAGCUGAACAAUCUAACAGUGAAAAAGAAGCGAAUGGUAAUGGUUUGAUGCAGGAUAAAGAUGCAAUAGAAAGCACUUCUUCCAAAGAUGAAGAAGAAGAGAAUGUAGAAUCUGCUGAGAUCCAGUCUGAUCCAGUCUCUCAGGCGGGAAUGGCACCAAAAACUGAUGUAGAGAUGUUACAAAAGAACCGUACACUUCCAGCGUGGAUGGUUCCAAAAGAAGAAGAAAAUAAAGCCACCGUCUCGACCCCUCCCAAACCUCGUGGCCGAGGACGACCAAGGAAGAUAAAAGAGCCAGAGAAUACUGAACCAAGUGAGCAACGAAAUGGAAACGAGAGCCAGAGUGGAACGAUAGAUGAAGGAAUCUUAAACCCUGGACAAAAUGUUUUACCAGUAAUGCGCCCUACAGUUGAGGACAGAACGAUGGAAGACUUUGAUUAUGCAGAUGAUAUUGAUGAUGACGAUGAAGAGGAUCGUGAAGAUGAUGACGAAGAUGAGUGGAGCCCUGUGGCAAAAGUUAGCAGCAGGGGAAGAGGACGAGGCAGGGGGAGAGGCCGAGGGCGUGGCCGUGGUGGAGGAAGGGGGAGAGGUCGGGGUAGGGGUAGAGGAAGACCUCGUACUAAACGACGAUCAAAACAGUAUAGUGAUGACGACAGUGAAGAUGAAUUGAGUGAAGACGAUUAUGACGUGUUACCAAAGCCACCCAAGUUACGGAAGAAAUCACGUGAUAUCAGCGACAGCGAGGAAGAUGAUCCAGUGAAGGGAGAAGACGAAGAUGACAAAGAAGCGAGUUCAAAAGUGACCAAGAAAGAUCUGCCCGCAUGUCCGUAUGGCAAGCUGUGUUACAGAAAAAACCCGGGUCACUUCGAUGAAUAUUCCCAUUACUUUGCUGAGAACGAGGAUGACGAUUCCAAACCAGAAUGUCCGUAUGGAGCCAACUGUUAUCGAAAAAACCGUCAACACUUAGAAGACUACAGACACAGCCAGUCCUCAGAGGCUAGACCAAAAAGAAAGGCGUCCACCACAGGUAAACAGAGUGAUGACAGUGAUAAGGGUGAUGAUGAAGACGACGGUGAGCCAAAUACCUAUGACGAGGACGUCAUCGAUAAAAACGAGUCAUCAAGUAGCGAGAGCUAUAACCAGCCCUCCGCGGACGAUAGUGACUGGAACCCUGGUGACGACUCGGACGAGGACGUGAAGGAACUUCUUUCUGAGGCCAGAGGUUUUCUUAGAAGUAAAAAGAUGGCGAAACCCGUAUAAGGACUAGUCGUAAACCCUUGAGGAGCUUGGAGCAAGGGGGAGGGGUGGUGGGUACCCUGGGGUCCAGAGAUUAUUUAUUCUCGCUCCGGCAUUUGCUGUUUUGAUUGGAAGUCGCGAGGGGAAAGCGAAUCAGAACCUCUGGAGACCAGGGUAGGUCAGUAGUGGGAUUGUCAGUAUAAAACAUCCCUUUYYUUUGGUCCUGUGCUCAAGCUCUAAUUUACCCUUUGAUAUCGUCCAAGACCCAUUUGAGAAAAUAUAGAUAUCAUGAUCGUCUCUUUUUCUAAACCCUUUUCUCCCUACCCCACCAGUGUUGGUAAUUUAUGACCUGUCUCGAACAUCUCAGUGUUCUGUAACAUUUGCCUUUUCCAUUGAGACAACCCUGGAAGGUUCUUUAGGGUUGAAAUUUUCAUCCUCAACAGUAAAAUUAGUUCAUAGUGAAUUUGUUAUGAGUGGGGAAAUAAUCAAAUAGUCGUAUCAACACCAAGACGUUUGAUUGGCUGUAUGGACACACGAAAAAAGAGCGGGAAGUCAUUUCGCGCCACUUAGUGUCACGUGUACCGUAUCCGACAGAGCGUGUACCUAUGGGGAGGUCUGACUGACCAGGGAUUAAGAAGCACACAUUUCGUUCUGUAUACAUUAUUUUCUUAUAUUUUUUAAAAGUGAUGAUUUUGUGCUAAAUAAAUUCAUUAUCUUCACCCAUCCCACCUAAGUAAACUCCUCACGAGAGAGUAGUAUAGUACUAUAAUUUUCCCACUCAUACGAAUUCUCACUGUGUACUGAGGUAAGCCAGAUCUGUAGACACUACAUAAAAAUCAUUAUAUAAAAGUGACGUGUUUUCCAGAAAGUUUUUUUUUUCAGUAAGAAGCUUUUAACAUUGACUCUGAUUCUGGGAAAAAAUGAAGCUGCAAACAUAUAUUUAGUUUAUUAUAUAGUAGAUUAACUUGAAAAAGGCUUCUGGAAGCAGGAUCAGUUGAACAUAAAAGCAGAAAACUAUGUGAUAAUAUAAAGAUAUAGACGUAAAGAGAAAAACCUCUAUAUGUAUCAACUAUAUAGGCCAUAAAGUUUUAACAAAUGUAUAUGUAUAUGUAGAUAGAUUUUAAUGAAGAUAUAUUAAAGAACUGAUGUGUAAACCAUGA